CCUGCGUGCGCACUCAGGCCUCGCGGAUUCUGGCUGGGGACAGGUCCUGUAGUAGGACGUUUCCGGUUGCACCUACUUAGGUAGAGAAAAGGGUUCCGGGUCGUGCCUACGUACUACAGUUCCGGGUCGGAAUGUUACAAGGGUCAUCCCCCGUGUCCAGUGCAACCAGAGUCCGCUACGGCAGCUCUGCGAUGUGCGCGGUGCUCCCCCAACCCAAAUGCGUCAAGUUGCGAGCUCUACACAGCUCGUGCAAGUUCGGCGUGGCGGCCCGGAGCUGCCAGGAGCUGCUGCGCAAGGGUUGUAUCCGCUUCCAGCUCCCGGUGCCCGGCUCCCGGCUGUGCAUGUACGAAGAUGGCACGGAGGUGACCGACGACUGCUUCCCGAGCCUUCCCAACGACUCUGAGCUCCUAUUGCUCACCGCUGGAGAGACCUGGCACGGCUCAGAUGUGAGUGACAUCACACGUCUCCUCAGUGUGUUUAACGAGCCACAUGCCGGGGUCAUCCAGGCUGCGCGGCAACUGCUGUCAGAUGAGCAGGCCCCACUGAGGCAGAAGCUGCUGGCCGACCUUCUGCAUCAUGUGAGCCAGAAUAUUACUGCAGAGACCCGGGAACAGGACCCAUCCUGGUUUGAAGGUUUGGAGUCUCGAUUCAGGAAUAAGUCUGGCUACCUGAGAUACAGCUGUGAGAGCCGGAUCCGGGGUUACCUGAGAGAGGUGUCAGGAGCCAAACCCAGGCAGACAGGAGGCCGAGAGAAUACACAGAGCUUGAGUUUGCUGGACAAUCAAAGCUUGGCACGUGCCAGCAGAGGCCUGAGGGGCCAGGCAGCUGAAACAGCAGGUGAGCGCUUACAUCUCAAUGGUGGAUGCAGCAGCCCGGGAAGAGUACCUGCGGGUCCUCAGCUCCAUGUGCCACAAGCUCAAGUCCGUGCAGUACAACGGCAGCUAUUUCGACAGAGGUGCAGAGGCCAGCAGCCGCCUUUGUACCCCAGAAGGCUGGUUCUCCUGCCAGGGCCCCUUUGACUUGGAGAGCUGUCUCUCCAAACACUCCAUCAACCCCUAUGGCAACAGAGAGAGCCGGAUCCUCUUCAGUACCUGGAACCUGGACCAUAUGUAAGUGUAUGCCGCCAGGACUCAAGUUCUCUAACCAGAACCAGCCCAGCAUUGUGGGGUCCAGUGCCUGCUCAGCAUCUCAGGUCUGGUGCAUUAUACCUGUGCGGUUCAAGCCCACAUGCUUCACGGGAAGGGUUCUAGAGAGAUGCCACUGCCUUACCAGCUGUCCAUGCCUGAUGCUAAGCUGCCCCUCUGCCCUCCGUCUGUCCCUCUGUCCCUCUGUCCCCGUCUGUGGUUGGAUAUGGUGGCCUGGCUCUUGAUGGCCAAGUUUUGGUCCCCAAGAGGCUGUUGCUGUGUGUUUGAACUGGAGGAGCCAGCUCCAGGGUGUGGUAUGGGAAGGCAGGGCCAGCAGGAUGGUUUCACAGCGGGGCAAGCUACAGUCUCUUCUGUUGAACCCGGGUAGGGCAGUACCACAUUUCUGUAGCUGUGGUACUUUCUUAACUGUAACUACCCUUGACCUUGCUUUACGAAGGCAAAGUGUUCCAAGUACCCACAAACGACUUCUCAACUCUUGAUACCAGAAUAACUAAAAGCUUACAAAAAGUGAUUGUAGCUGAGGACCCACCCCUUGAUCCCUCUGUGCUCAGUGCCCUGUCCCUGUUGCCAGGGAAACACUGUCCUGCAACGUGCCUCAUUAACGCCCUGUUCAUGUACCGUAACCUUUACCCGGGUGUGUGCCGCCACUCUCUGGCUCUGCACCAUGUAUACAUCCACACAACUCAGGGGAACAGCCCAGACGUCUUCACUUCCCGCAGACUCUGACUUCACAUUUGUUCGCCUGCCAGGCAUUCAGGCCAUUCUGAGUACUCGCCGAUAUCCAGGGCUGGGAUAGACGCUCUGAGAUGAAGCAUUAGUUUCCCAGUUCCAUGCCCGACAGUGUGAUCUGUGGACUGGCUGCACCCAGAGCUGGUGAGGAAUGCACUCGGGCCCCACCCAGCAUCACAGGGGUACCCUGGGGCCAGUGCACACUCCAAAUGAGGGACUGCCCUGGCUCCGACCUCCAGUCUCUUUGGGGGAAUUAAUGACUGUGGUCACCUUCGGAGUGCUUCCAGACUUUUCUGGCUGUUCUCGUGAUUGUAAGUCAGUUCCGGCCCCCACCACCACUCGGUGUCACUGUGCCCCUGCAUCCUCCUGCCUGAGGUGGGCACCCACUUAGCUGCCUCUGUGGCUCUCCGCCACCACAGCUCUCAGGCUGCUUCUCCUCGCUUGCUGUUUACUUUUGUCCUGGGCACUAAUUCUUUCCUGACUGUUGGUGUGACAGACGUCGUUGCUGUAUUUUGGGCGCAUUUCUGAUGUCUCUUAUCACGACCAGAUAGGGCGGCUGUGGUGAGCCCGAGAAGACCAGGCUCCCCCUCUUGGGGUCUGAGGUACCGUUUGCAGCACGCCGGCUGCAGGCCAAAGUGUGCACAGACCCUGCGAUUCCUCCUGCAGGUGCAGGGGCAUCUGCUCGCCCCCGUUGUCUGCAGCUGCCUCUGCCCUGCGCUUAGGUGCAGCUGUGUUGGAUUUUAUUUUCACUUCUAGUUUCUGCCCCUUUGGGCUUUCUCUUUGCUCUCUAGAUUUGCCUCUUGUGUUUUAACGAAUGCUCAAGGCUGCUUCUGUCCAGCUGCUCCCGAGGUUGGUGUUUCGGGAUCAGGGCGGCUGCCCGUUCUGAUGUGCCUUUGGCCUGUCUAUCUGUCUGUCUAUCUGUCUGUCAUUUCAUGCUGCUCUGCUCAUCCUUUCUGGGCUCUGGUAUCUGUAAGAGGCCAGGACUCUGGGUUUCUGUUACCAUCACGGGGGUUGGGAGGGGCUCCUGGUAUCUCUUGUCAGCGCAUUAGUGGCAGCGGCCAUUUUUGCCUUGUCUAAUGGAGAUCAUCCUGUACUGGUCCCUUGUCCCGGUGUCGAGACAUAGUGGCUGGUUCAGCAUGUGUUCAAUAUUUUGUUGCACGAAUAAGUGGGUUUCAAUUAAUCUCAUUUGCCAUUUGCUGUACCUCCUGUGUGCCUGGUCUCAAUGUGCAUCCUGGGCCUGUCUGUCACCUCUCUCUUCCAGGCCUCUUUUCUCAACGUUGCCCCACCUGACCUCAAACUUGCACAGUGGUCACAUCAUCAUGGUCACUGCCUACUUACGUCUCCCACUCCUCUGCUCACCGCCUCCUGUAUCUCCCUGCUCCUGCUCUGAGCUGCCAAUGAGCGGUCCUAGCACUUCUGUAAGGAGGGUCCCUCCCUCUUGCCACUGCUGUCACUGAGUGCUGGAGAGGGGCUGUCUCACACUGAGUCUGGGAUCACAGGCAUCUAGGUCUCCUGUGUACUCCGUGAGGGAGACCGAUCCCUGUUUCCUGGUGGCUGCCAUGGAGCUGCUGCCAGUGGAGAAUGGCUUGAUUUAUUCCCCUUAACUGACAGCAAUACACACCAGGGACAGACCUUUCCUUUCGGCCCUGCCGUGACUCGUCCUCCAUUCUGCAGAGUUCUGAUUCUCCCCUGCAGUCUCUUGGAUUCCCGUGGGUGUUCUGGAACCUUCUUGCCGCCCACCCUCUUUAUGCUGGGUCUGCUUGCAUGCUCUGGCUCAGUGCUGCUGUUUUAGGGUAACUUCCCGCUGUGGACCCAAAUGUGGUCCCUCCUAUCCCAGACACACAUUGCAACUGUCACCCAGUGAGACCACAUCUGGAGAUGGGUCCUUUGGGAGACAGUUAAGGUAAAGUGAGACCAUAGGGUGUGGAGUAAUCCAGGGAGAGCAGAUGUUCUUGUGAGUGGGAGAGCAUGGGGAUGUUCUCAUUGCUAUAUGAGGACAGGCCAGGAAGUGGACCCUGACCAGACCAGACCAGACCAGACCACUGUGAGCCUGGGCCAGACUUCCAGGCUCCAGAACAUUGAGGAGAUAAACGUGGGGGAGGCCUUGCAACUGUGUUUGGACCUGAAUUUCUCUUUGGUGACCAGUCUUCUGUUGUGGCUUGUCAGUGCCUCUGCGGAGUAGAUCUAAAUUUGUUCCUUAUGGAGCCCCAGUUUCAGUGGCUCUGAAGUAACAUGACAUUGUGCUUGCUUGCCAUGUCUGUGUCACACUGGUCAUACAUGUUUGGCUUAUGUGCCUGUGGGAGACACAGGCCUGGGGCUCUGUGGGCAGCUGUGUAAAAUGGGUACAUGAACAAAUGGAGGUCAGCAGAGGCUGACAAGGGCUCACGCAUGAGACUCUGCUCUGCUGAGUAGCAUUCGAGGGACUCUGGCCCAGCUUUCCCGUCCUCUUCAGUAGGGUAAGCCGUGCCCACUACUCAAGUUUGCAAAGGAAGACAAGCAGCAUUGACUCUGGCCACCACAGCCCAUGUCAAGGAUGGGCCAGUGUCAGCAGCCUACGAAACCUGGUGCUGGGUUCCUCUGCUAACUCAUCCCUAAGUCCUGUCCAUUUCGCUGCCACUGCCCUUCUAGGCUGUGAACCUUCAGGGUCCUCACACCUCGUCUUAGGGUUUCUGUUGCUGUGAUAAACACUGACCAAGAGCAGCCUGGGGAGGAAUGGGCUUAUUUCACUUUAAAGCAGUCAGUCUGUCAUGGAGGACAGUCAGGACAGUAACUCAGGCAGGCACUGAUGCAGAGACCACGGAGGAGCACUCUUUCCUGACCUGCUUUUUAUUCAGCCCAGGGCCAUCAGCCCAGGGGUGGCACCCACAGUGAGCUGGCCCUCCCACAGCAAUCAAUCAUUAGUGAAGAAUUGCUUCAGCCUUUCACACACACCCAUCUGAUAAAGUCAUUUUCUCGGUUGAGGUACCCUCUUCCUAGAUGACCCUAGCUUGUGUCAAGUUGACCCAAACAAAACAAAACAAAAAAUGGGAGAGCGCAGGGCACCCUGUGGCAUGUGGCACUCACAGCAGAAUGGCUGUCUCCCCCUGACUUGGCAGAAUAGAGAAGAAGCGCACCGUGGUGCCCACGCUGGCUGAAGCAAUCCAGGACGGGAGGGAAGUGAACUGGGAGUACUUCUACAGCCUGCUCUUCACUGCCGAGAACCUGAAGCUAGUGCACAUCGCCUGCCACAAGAAGACCACACACAAGCUGCAGUGCGACCGCAGCAGGAUCUAUCGGCCUCAGACAGGAUCCAGGAGGAAGCAGCCCCCUCGGAAGCAGCCCCCUCGGAAGCGCCCCCCUCGGAAACGCCAGUGACACGUGCCAUGCCCUCUUUGAGGGGGCUGCAGUGGUAAUGGGGGCCAUUAUGCUUCAUGCUUUGUCACUCCAGAAGAUUCAAGGAAAGUCUUUAGGAAUCUUUCCAAAGGAUCUGGUUUGUGUGCCUCCUGUUUGCUUCCCCAGCCUCUGACAGCCCAGUGCUCACUGUGUUCCCAUGGCAGGGUCUUCAUGCUCAUGGCCCCAGGGCUGAACUCUGCCACUGUGAUAUGAGUGGGAGCUGCUCUGUGCUGAGCUUUUAUGGCCUCUAUUUCUACUGCCAAUGGCAGCUCUGACUACAUGCCUCUGAAAGAGAUGGUGCUUUUGGGGUAAAUGUGUGCAUUUCAUAACGAACAUGCAGGGCGUUCUCUGCUGAACUCUUUAAAAUGGCAGAAGGUGGGAAGCCUUCCAGAUGUCUCCUGGCGGGAACAGCUGGCUGUGGCAUUAUCUUGUGCCACACGAAACUGAUGCUUUUAAUGUGUUAAAUAAUGGCUGUCAUGAAUCUCAUGACUCAACACUGCUACAUGUAUGUGUGCACGAUUGAAGCGGGCUUAAAAUUUUAUGUGGAGAAAUAGGAAGCAGUUAAAAGCACAGAUGCCUUUACCCGUGCAGAGAACGACCCCGAACUCCUGAUCCUCCUGCCUCAUCCCCAGAGCUGGGACUCACCUGGUAUUUGUUUUGUAGAUGUGUGUCAGCUAAUGCACAGAGACAGUCUGAGGAGAUGCCACUCUGUGGAAGCAGUAAUGGGGGAUUCAGCAGGGAUGAGAUUGAUCACCAAGUACAACCUCCUACACCAUGUAUCUUAUAAUACUUUUUUUUUUUUUUUCCUGAGACCCGGUCUUACUAUGUAGCUGUGGCUGGCCCAGAGCUCACAGUAUAGACCAGCCAGCCUCUGCCUCCUGAGUGCUGGGAUUAAAGGUGUGUGCCACCACAGCCCAGCCUAGGUGUAUUUUUGAAAUAGGCAUUUUAUAUAUUUUGUAAUGUUUGAAUUUUUAUAAUUGCCAUGUAAUCACGAAAACAAUAAAGUGUUUCUAAAAUAGACAUGUCAAAAAAA